CUCAACCAAAGCUGUCAAAUCUCCCGUAGCAAUUUCCCCGCGAAGCAGAUCAACCGAGAUGGCCGCUGUUCUCCUUCCAUGUUCUGAAUCUUGAAGGUGAUCUUUACCUCAUUCCAACUCAGCCAACACGACUACAAUGGCCGCUCCAACUAGCAGCAUCGGUCGCAAGACCACAGUGACCAAGAACCUGGGCCAUGUGCUCGUCACCGGAGGAUGCGGUGGACUGGGUACACAAAUCAUCAACCUCCUGCUCGAACGCGGCGCAUGUAGCAAGCUCUCAGCUAUGGACCUGCGCCCUGCCGCUGAACCCAUCAGUGGAUGCGAGUACCACUUCGGAGAUCUCACCAAUGAGGGCGCCAUGCGCGAGCUGUUCGUCAAGGCGAAGCCCGACAUUGUCAUCCACACAGCCAGCCCCAAGUUCAACAUGGCCAACGAGAUUCUGUACAAGGUCAACGUCGACGGAACCAAGACACUCCUCCGUGUCGCCGCCGAGACUGGUGUCAAGGCCUUUGUCUACACCAGCAGCGCCAGUGUCAUCAGCGACAACUCGACCGACCUGAUCAAUGCCGACGAGACCUACCCCCUUGUCACUGGCAAGGACCAACCCGAGUACUACACCAACACAAAGGCUCUUGCUGAGCAAGUCGUCCUCGGGUACAACCGCCCCGCCGCGAACCCUCGCUUCCUUACGUGCGCCCUUCGUCCCUCUGGCAUCUUUGGUGUCAAUGACCAGACCCUUCUUCCUCCUAUGCUUGCCCCAUACUACAAGGGUCAGACCAAGUUCCAGCUUGGCGAGAACACCAACCUCUUCGACUUCACCGAAGCUACCAAUGUCGCUCACGCUCACCACUUGGCCGCCGCUGCUCUUUUGACCACCUUUGAGCGCGAGGAGCAAGGACAAAUUGCUCCUCUGAGCCACGAGAAGGUGGAUGGCGAGGCUUUCUUCAUCACAAACGACUCUCCCAUGUACUUCUGGGACUUCACCCGUACUGCCUGGAUGAAUCUGGGCGACACAACUAGACCCAACCAGAUCUGGACCAUCAACAAGGACUUUGGCUUGUUCAUCGCAACCUUGUUUGAGUGGAUCUUCUGGAUCUUCCAGCUGGGUGUUCCCAACUUGACCAGACAAAAGGUCAAAUUCAGCUGUAUGACCAGAUACUACAGCAUUGAGAAGGCCAAGAGAAGACUGGGUUACAGACCUGUCGUCGGCGUCACUGAGGGUCUCAAGAGAGGCGUGGCAGAUUGUGUUAGAAGAGGAGUGAUACCCGGCAGCCCUGAGGAGGCGCAGCGUCUCAGCGCAGAGUCCAAGAAGGCACAGUAGUUGGAUGAUUGAUGUUGACUGAUGACUUCAUGUAGAUAUAUGUAAAUCCAUAUGCAAAAGUUACCCCACAGACGC